AUGGCGAGCGCGCACGGUCCGGCCUCUCUGGAAAGCCUGCUCAACCAGGCCACGGACCCUCAGAACCAGGAGGAGAGAUGGGAGAGCAUCCAAAGCUUCACCCAGACUCUCAAGCAGCAGUCGGACGGUCCACAGGUGGCAGUGCGUCUCCUGGCCCAUAAGAUCCAGUCCCCUCAGGAGCGAGAGGCCCUUCAGGCACUCACGGUGCUGGAGGCGUGCAUGAACGAGUGUGGGAAGAAAUUCCACAGUGAGGUGGCCAAGUUCCGGUUCCUCAACGAGCUCAUCAAGGUGCUCUCUCCGAAGUAUUUUGGUGCAUGGAGCCCGGAGAAGGUGAAGCAGCGUCUGGUUGAGGUGCUGUAUGGAUGGACCCUGUGGCUCCGGGACCAGCCCAAGAUCCAGGAGGCCUACGACAUGCUCAAGAAACAGGACAUAGUGAAGAAGGACCCUCAGCUGUCCUGUGCCUUGAUCAUGCCUCCUGCCCCUCAGAGAAGCUCCGCCUCCAUAUUUGAACAGGACGACACCACUAAGCUCCUGGACAGACUGUUAAAGAGCGGUCGUCCAGAGGAUCUGGAGACAGCAAACCGACUCAUCAAGAGCACCAUGCAGGCUGAGCAGGAGCGGGCCGCUCGUGUGCAGAGGAGGGAGGAGCUUCUGCAGGAGGUCCACAGCAGUAGCAGACAGCUCCAGGACGUGUUGGAGAGGCCUGCACGGGAGCAGAUCCAGAGAGGCCAGGACAUCCAGGACCUGUUUGAGCGUUGCGACCGGCUCCGCCCCACUCUCUUCCGAUUGGCCAGUGAGACGGCGGAGGACGAUGAGGCUCUUUCCCGGGUCCUGGAGGCUAAUGAUGAGCUAACACUAGCAGUAAACGCCUACAGAGCACACAUGAGCGCGCCGCGUAGUGAAAGACCCAAGGGGGAGACCCAGCAACCGAGCCCAGGCCAUCUGAGCCUAGGCCAUCUGAGCCUAGGCCAUCUGAGCCCAGGCCAUCUGAGCCCAGGCCACCCAAGCCCAGUGUCCAGCCCCAGAGAAGUCAAAGCGUACCAUCUCAUCGACCUCUCCGCUUUGGACCCCGAGCUGAGCAGCCCACCCCAGCCAUCAUUGCAGAAGGAGGGGCCAACGUGGUCAUCUGUGGAGGGGGAGGAGCCACAGAAGACAUCUUACCUGGAGGAGCUCAUCCAGUUGGAUGAAGAGGUUUUUAGUCCUGAAGACGAGCUCUGGGAAAAGGCCUCCAACGAGACUCACUCCUGGUUACAACCCUAUCUGGAGCUGCAGUCGGACAUGUUCUCAGAGAGCAGCACGUCCCCCAGGAGGACAGAGGAACCAUCUCUGCAGGACGUCUUUGUGCCAGUGCACUGCAUUCGGGCCAGUCAUCUGGAGCCCAUCCCGCUAUUGGACCAGGCCGGGGUACACGUGUCCCUGCACUUCUCCAGAGAUCCCCCACUGGGACGUCCCGGGGUGGCUGUGCUGGUCCUGUCCACCGUCAAUACCUCCGCGCUCCGGGUGAGAGGCUUCCGAUUCCAGGCGGCGGUCCCCAAGAGUAUGUGUGUGAAGCUGCAGCCUGCCUCUGGGUGUGAGCUGCCCCCAUACAGCCCGCUGCUGCCCCCUGCUGCCCUGUCCCAAGUGCUGCUGCUGGACAAUCCCCAAGAGCAUGCAGUGCGUCUGCGGUACAAGCUGAGCCUGACCCAUGGAGAGCAGCAGCUGGACGAGAGUGGAGAGAUCAGCACCUUCCCUCCCUGGAGCCGCAUGAUUGGUCAAUGA